UGCGGCUGUUCAUACCGCCGCGGUCGUUCAUGGUCCGGAACUUCUGCCAUUGUACGCGUCGAUCCCGAGGGUGAAAGAGAAGGAUCCCUCAAGCAUCCAGAAAUCGUCGGUGUGCCCAUGUGGGCCCAUUCCUUGUCGUUGGCGACGUCACUUGCAGGAUCACUGACGGUUGGUAUGCCGCUUUGUGGGUCCAAUCGGUGAUUCAACAGUGCUCUUUACGACCUCCGCCGCGUUGCCGUGCAUAUUGGGCCUCCCAGGACCAAGGAUAGACGAGAAGCAGAUUGGGUGCGGGGCACGUUGCCCGCCCCGGCAGGUAUGCCGCUAACGUAUGACUGAGGUCGAGGGAGUACUUAAGGAUGCGUUCACCGUCCUCGCUGCUCUGCUUUCUGCUGCCUCGACUGCGCUGGCGCAGAACAUCCAGCUCAGCUCUCCGACGGCGAAUGCCACUCUGACCCCCGGUCAGAACACGACCGUGCAGGUCUCGUUUCCGAACUCGUUGACCGGCGCGCAGCACGUCUCGCUUGUCAUUGGUCUGGCCAGCUGCUCGUCCGGCAGCGGCUGCCCCACCGACGCGUACUUCGGCCUGGGAAAGCCUCUGUACGUCGGUGGCUUUGACCCCCAGUACCACGAGUCUGCGCUUCCGCCGUACCAGAACUUCAGCGUCCAGAUUCCCGAGGACGCGUCGGGCGUCAACCUCCUGACCGUGGCUCACUUUAUGCUGCUUGGGGCGUCGACGACCCCUGUUCUGGACUUCAGCAACGCGACCGUUACCGUUGGCUCUAACUGAGCUACUCGACGUAUCUGAAGUCUCGUCACGGACAAACGAUCUUUCACAGUAAUAUCAGACUUAGUACCACGAUCGACACGAGGUAGUACUAUAAUUUAU